UCACUAGACUACCACACAGGCAGUAUUGCGCCAGUCACCCAGUCAGCCUUGUGCGUCCUCUCGCUGAUCCGACGCUGCUGUGUAUCUGAUUAGACAUCCCGCCUCUUGAAACAGACAGACAAAUUCCGAGGGUGUCAUUCUCUCUUUCAUUUGUCGUGCAUGUGUCUUAUGUGCCGGUUAGUCUACUGUAGAGUUGUGGGUGAAAUUCGACAGCCAAUGUGUGUACGCGUCGCGGCCAUGAGUUAGAAAGUGUGUGGCGUCGCGCGUGACACUUCCCUCUCCCAAGCGAGACCUACCGAGUGUGUGUGUGUGUGUGUGUGUGAGUGAGUGUUAGUGUCUGUGUGUAUGUGUGUAUACCUUGAGUUUACGUACACAUCAAAGAGAGAGAAAGAGAGGGAUUUCUGUUUUAUUUCUGUUUUGGGAAGUUAACAUGCUUUCCCGACAGAUUCAGUGCGCCUGACAAAAACAAGUAACGAGGAGAAACCUAAACAUUAUUUCGCGACGACUGUGAUGUGCGUGAGCCAGUCUGGCCGGCCGUGCCCCCAAAGUAGCGAAAACGACGAAAAUUGACAAUAUGUACGCGAAAGGCAAAGGGUCGACGGUACCCUCGGACGCCCAAGCUAGGGAGAAGUUAGCAUUAUAUGUCUACGAGUACCUGCUGCAUGUGGGAGCCCAGAAAGCCGCACAGACAUUUCUAUCCGAGAUUCGGUGGGAGAAAAACAUCACCUUAGGAGAGCCACCCGGUUUCCUUCAUUCGUGGUGGUGUGUAUUUUGGGAUUUAUAUUGCGCGGCGCCGGAGCGUCGAGACACAUGCGAUCACUCCAGUGAAGCCAAAGCCUUUCAUGACUAUGGUUUCGUCAAUUCCGGCUAUGGCGUCAAUGGCAUCGCACACAAUGCCGGUCCAGUGCCGAGCCCGCUGGGCCAGAUGGCGCCAGGAGACGGCAUGCCAGGAGGCCCGAUGCCGCAUGGAUUCUUUCCAAAUUCGGCUAUGAGACCGUCUCCGCCUACUCACCCCGCCUCGCAGCCCUCGCCACACCCUCAGCCGCCUACACCACACUCGCAGAUGAUGCCAGGACAGCCGUUUAUGGGACCACGUUAUCCAGGCGGACCGAGACCAGGCGUUCGAAUGCCUCAAAUGGGACCUGAAUUCGGCGGGCCUCCUGGCCAACCGAUGAUGCCCAACAGUCUGGAUCCCACUCGGCAAGGUGACGGCGAGUUCGUAGGUUGGCAAGGUCCUCCGAUGUCCGGCAUGGGUCCCAGACUCGGUGGUCCGAGAGGUCCGGGUGGUAUGGGUCCGAUGGGCCCAGGUGGGCCUGGCGGAGUCCCAGGAGGUUAUGGUCCUGGUCCAGGAAUGAGAGGACCAGGUCCCGGAAUGAUGGGUCCUGGCGGUCCUAUGGGCCCUGGAGGCGGUGUCCCGGGCGGGCCCGGUGGACCUCUACCAAACAUGGGAGGCAUGGGUGGGCCAGGAGGUCCCCGGCCACAGUGGCAGCCCAAUUCAUCUACGCCAAUGAAUUAUCCAUCGUCAUCGCCUGGCAACUACGGGGGUCCACCCGGCUCUGCUGGACCUCCAGGUCCCGGCACACCCAUCAUGCCUAGCCCACAAGAUUCGUCUAGUUCAGGAGGGGACGGCAUGUACACGAUGAUGAAGUCUGUGCCGGGUGGAGCCAUGCCAGGACAGGACUUCCCAAUGGGUGGUGGACCUGAAGGAGGUCCUAUGGGGCCAAUGGGUCCUUCAGCUAUGGGCCCGGUUAUGAACGGUGGGGACGGCCUGGAUGGUAUGAAGAGUUCACCAGCUAACGGUGGCCCGGGAACGCCACGCGAUGAUGCCGGUGGAAACGGCGGUGGAGGAGGUGGCGGAGGAAUGGGUGACUACAACCUCGGAGGCUUCGGGGGUCCCAAUGAGAAUGAUCAAACGGAGUCGGCGGCCAUCUUGAAAAUCAAGGAAAGCAUGCAGGAGGAAGCCAAGCGAUUUGAGACCGAUUCCGACCACCCCGAUUACUUCAUACAGUGACCUUAUCUUUCCCUCCUCACCUUUUUAACAUUUGGCGCACACACAUACACACACACACACACAU